CGCUGAUAUUCCAUAUCCCCUAGGCAGCCAGCUGCUUUUUCAGCCUUCGCGAGUGCAGCAUCAGCGUCUCGCAAAGCGACCCGUAUUCCACGCCCAGAGUGACAUGCAAAGUCACCGCCAGCAGCACCGGCACCUCGGCACACGCCGCCGGCCGGGUGUAGAGCCCGGAGUGGAGGCAGUAGGACUCGAACACUCUUGGCGUGUAGCCCGCCUCGCAGCCGGCCAUGACGUGCUCCUCCUCCAAUGCGUAUGCGCUCGACUGGCAUGUGGUGGCGUUGACGGUGCCGUCGAGCCUGGAGAUCCAGCAGCGGUCGGCCUGGGGCGGGUUGGGAAGCGGGCACUCGCCCAGCUCCUGAAUGGAGUUCUGGUUCACCUGCACGUACUCGUUCUCAUUCACCACCUGGUAUACAGACAGAGACACCAUACAUACCAUGAUGGACAUACACAUACACAUACACAUACAGACAUUAUGGAAACGAGAGCCCACCGUCAGAAGGUUGGCGGCGUUCGGCUUGUCCGCAGGCGGUGGCCCGUCCCUCACGUGCGCGUCUCUCAGCACCACACUGAAGCUGUCCUUUGUGUCGGUGGGCAUCCGCGACAUGUCCGACAGCCGGCCCACAACGUCCUCCUUUAGCUCACCGAACGUCCUGGCGCUCAUCGCCAUACGAUACACCUCCCUCUCCCCCUCCCCGCCCUCGUCAGCCGUCUUGUCGCAGUGGUCCUUGAUCACCUCUAUGUCCUCUGCGCCGUUCUGCAGCCUCAGUUCCCUCGCCAUCCAUUCCUUCAACACCUGCUGCUCGUACUGCAGCCUGCAUUGGCCGUGGCCGGUGAUAUACACGUCGAAGGAAAGCACUGCGCGGCUGUUCGCGUCACAUCCGGCGAUCUCCCAGCAGUCGGUGGUGUUGGAAGGUUUCUUGACGUCGUCACAGUGGUACUCUGUCGGCGCGCCACACGUGACAGUCCGGUGCCGCUUGCCGGGGCCGCAGUUGCGCGAGCACCGCGACCAGCUGGUGGUGACCCACCCGACACACUUCGGCGGGGGGUUGCUCCAUGUGCCGUUGGAGAGACAUGUAGCCGAGUGCGGGCCUCUGAGGGUGAAGUCCUUGGCGUUGGUCGCAGUAGGGUCUGCCCCUGAUGUGUCGGACAUGACUGAGCCGUGGGGGAUGGUCGGCCAGGGGUAGGGGCCACACGUGGCACGCUGACAACGAGGCACCGCACCACUGAUGGCAGAGUGACAGACAGGAGGUGCAUGAAAAGGUGGGGCCUCUCACGUACUACAUGGGUGGACCUGCGUCUGCUCUCCUGUAAGAUCCGUCGAUUUGGCACUGCAUGAUGGCCUCCCCGACGAGAGUGAACCCCUCGUCGCACUCCCAUAUGACCUUGGUGCCGGCAACGAGUCCCAUCUCGCCGCCCACGCCCGGCUCUCCCUGCUUGUGGCUGGGGAGGUGGAUGUGUCGGUGAAGGUGCCACUGGUCUUUGGGCUUGACGAUCUCUGCCACGUCGCACACGACGGGCUCGCACUCGGGCGGGAUGGGGUGGGUGUACUCCAUACGGCUGACGUCAGAGGGGUCGUGCUCGUUGCCACACACAGUAAUCUCCGGGCCCUUCAGAGUGUACCUGACCAAACCAAUGAAGCAAGGAGACACAUGGCAUGGAUGCAUACCUCCCUGUCACGAGUGAGUGGCUGGUGUCUCCUGCUCACCCGUCGUCGCACACGAAUCGGAUUUUCGACCCUGGCGCCCACCCACCGUCCUCACCCAGCAGCCGGCCAUGAAGUGGUGGCGUAAUGGGCCCACAGGUGAACACCUCCACCCUGGCCGCGUGCGGAUGGUCCAGCACGGGCGACGACUCGGCCUCCUCCUCGAGAACGUCAUUGAAGUGCGUCGCGCCCAGCAGUGUCCUCGCGAGCUCGUUGCUGGUGUAGUUGGUCUCAAUGAGCGUGUUGGGCGCUGCAGAGGGGUCGGUAGAUACCCCUAGUCGCGUGUUGAUAACCGGGACGUAAGCCGAGCCGUUCCAGCGGUCGAGCUCGAGCGACUGGGGUGGGAUGCCCUCCCGGCCGCCCACAUGCCGGUGGUCAGCCGGGCCCUGGCGCACAACGAAGCAGUGGAUCGCUGCUGCUUUGUUCACCUGGAGGGCCAGCCAGGGACCCUCGAUCGGGUUCAGCGACGCCGCCCAGUUCUCCGUUUUGCUGACAAUGGUGUCAUUGGAGUGUGCGGUGACAUUGUAGUGCCACGCAGUGGACAGCGAGCCGUCGACGGCGUGCUGUGGGGGGUGGUCGGGGGUGUAUCCGGCAGCGGUGAUGUCCUUGAUGGAGAGGGCGAGGCGUGAGUCGGGGUGGCAGUGGGCGUCGCUGUAGAACUCCAUCUCAUACACAGUCCACACCUUGGCAUCCUCCGCUUUCAGACCCUUAACAAACAGGGAGGGAGGGACGACAGACAGACAGAUAUACAAGUGUCUGCGUCAUUACGUAUGUUGUCACAUCGGCUCAUUGCUGACCUCGCUGCCGUAGGAUCGCUUCACACGGAUGCGGUAGUGGGUGUUGGGCUCGGGAGAACAGGGAGGUGGGUCGCCAGUGCUCCAGGUGCCAUUGGCCAGGCAUCUGGUCUGCACCACAGAUGACGCCACCUCCUCGGGAAACUGCCACCCAUCCUCACAGCGCAUCUCGAUUGUCGAUCCCUUGGUCCAGAAGAAGCCUCCCUCACUGCUGAAGGGAGAUAUCUGCUGCAGCGAUAGGUGCCGCCCCCGUGUGGCGUUGAGGUCGAUGGCACCGCAUGAGAUGGCUGUGCAGGUGAUCUCCGUUGGGUCAGACGACCACAUUCCCGACGACUCACAGGUGAUUUUGCUGGGGCCAUUGAGUGUGCCUUCGUCACACGAGAAGGUAACAACGUCGCCCACAUAGUAGGAGUUGCCCGUCCGCCGUCGGUGGGGGUGCUUGUUGGUGUCGGGAUUGGGGCACGAUAUGUGGACGCACUCCUCGUUCUCGUCAUACUCGAAUAUGCCCUCCUUGGUGCACACGGCCGUGAUGGGGUUGUCACUCCGGUAGCCCUGGACACACUCGUAAGCCACUUGCAUCCCAACCGUGUAGCUGAAGGUGCUGCUGGGAGGCAGCCCGCCCUCAUGAGGCACAGGCACCCUUUCGCCGGUCACAGUCGAGUUGAGAAGAGAAGCCUUGGUGUUGCGCAGGACAGGAGGCGCGUCACAGGUUACCGGCACGCACUCGGGCGGGUUGUCCGUCCACUUGCCCCUCCCCUUGCAGCGGAUCUCCGCCACGCCUUUCAGCAGGUAGCCCUCCUCGCAUCGGUAGGCCAGCACCGAUCCCGGCGCGUCCUUCUCGCCCUGCAGAGCGGUCCGGUUGUAGUGGGCAUGGGGCAGCAGGGGGGGCUCGAAGCAUCCCGUCUGCGGUGAUGCCGCGGGCUGCUUGGCCGUGGAGUUCUCCUGGGUCAGCGAUAUGCUGGGCAGGGGGAGGGGCAGCGUGACGCGAUGGUGCUGGUGGUUGUGGGUCGUCCUCGCCGAGGAAUCAUUGGAUAUGUCGCGCAUUUGAAGGAACGCCAUGUCGUGUUCCACAUCGUCAUCGGGCAGCGAGGCCGGCACCAUGAAGGCCACGGCGCCCUUGGCCUCCACCAGCACCUGUCUGCGCCGCCCGCUCUGCAACUUGUUCCUCAGUAUACCCGCCUCCACACUCUCGAGAGCAAGCGACCCGCACACAGCCAGCAGCCCCACCAGAAGCCCCUCCCAUCUGCCGCGAAUUGACGGCCUCGUCGCCAUAGCCGUGGGAACGUUCUGACUCGGCCUUGCGCUGCUGGUGUCGGUGCUGCUGCUGCAGGGGGCCUGUCGGCAGGGCACAGGAGAGGUGUCGGCCAUUACAGAUACAUAUCAAUGAGGGACGGGGCUGGACGGGUUGCGAUGCUGCCUGACGAAAGAAAGAGAACGCAAUGCAAUCAUCAUCAAACAUCAAUUGCAUUCCCGGUGUAUCUGUGCGUUCUUUCUGUCAGUCACCGAGCAGGUGUGCUGCGAUACAAGUGCGUGCGAUGCAGAAGCGUUCUUGAGGCACCCCACCCGUGCGAUGCAGGAAAGUACAGAGAGAGCCCCUCACCAAUGAGAGGAUUGGGAACCUCGAAUGAGAAUGUAACAAUGGUUAGCAGUGCUGAUGAACCUUCAUCGCAGACACUUGCAAUGCCCUUGUCGCGAGGGGGGAGGAGAGAGGUCACCCCCAAUGUCAGCUCGCAAAGCCUUAGGACGUCCGUGAAACCGCUCUCUCGGGGCCCCUGCGAGCUCGCG